AUGCGAUGCGCGAGCAAGGCCGCCGAGAGCGCGUCCGCACGUCUCUGUGCGGACGCCGAAGCAGAAACAACAGCAACUGAUGUCUCAUCGGUUGCUGAAACGACCCAGCCUGUGUCACUUGGUGACGCAGGCGCUGGUCAUGAAGACACUCGUGUCUUCACAGAGUAUGAGCUCGGUGUCUCAUACUCUCCUGAUACGGAAGACGGAUCCGUAUCGACGGCGAUCAAAACCAAGCCGCCUGCCAAGCGUGGCAUGGAUGAUGCUAUGCGUCAUAGCAUCUUUGGUUCAUCUGAUGAAUCAGAUGAACAAUCGCCGAAGCGAAGGCGCUCGAGAUCGCAAGACUCGGGCGCUAACAGUGGGUGUCGGUUCUCCUAUGGACACCACUUUGCAGCGAGGUGCCAGUACUUCUGUCGGCACGUCGCAGGAAGAGCGGGACCGCAGUGUGUUGCGUCUCGCUCCCGAGAAGAAGGCAUGGAUGCCUCCUAA